UUCAACAUCAACUGAUUUCUGUUCAUUUAUUCUUACAUUGCAAGCAGAAAUUCAAUUCCAAACAAUUCAAUUCAUAUAACGAAAAUGCAACUACUCAAGUCCCUUACGCUUCUUCUACCAGCUUUCAUUGAGCUCAGCACCGCACUUGUUUUAUCUCCAGAAUCGUACAGUUAUGAUAUUUCUGGAUCUAAUGGAUUCCGUACCGAGAACGUCAAGUCCUUGAAAGGAAUCAAGAAAGUUCUCAAAAAAUCAUCUAUCAUCCCCGAUGUUCUCGAUCCCUUUAUCCCCACUUGUUAUAUUCUUCCCUCCUAUUCUCCAUCUUCUUCCUCGUCUUCCUCAAAGAAAGUGAAACUAGGCAAUAAACUCCGCCCCUCGCAAACUCAAUCCGCGCCCUCGAUCCAAGUCUUCUGUCCUGGAAAAUAUCAUGUUAAGGGCGGUUUGACGCUUAUCCUUACAGAUCCGGAUGCACCAUCGAGAGACGAUGAUAGUAUGUCUGAGAUGUGUCAUUGGAUUGCGAGGAUUCCUGAGGCUGUGGUUGGAAGGGAAGGGGUUAGUGGAGAGUGGAGUGGGAGUGAGUUGGAGGAGGUGGGGGUUGUGGAUUAUAAAGCACCAGCGCCACCAAAAGGAACAGGAAAACACAGAUAUGUAUUUGUGUUGCUUGAGGGUGAUAAUGUAGAUUUGAAGGGACCCAAGGAGAGGCAACAUUGGGGUUUUGAGAAACCGGGAAGUGGAAUUAGAGAAUGGGCUGGGAAGGAAAAUUUGACGAUUGUGGGUGCGAAUUUCCUUUAUGAAAAGUACCAUAAGGAGGAAAAGGGAAAUAAGUUUAACGCUCAGGGGUGGCUUUGAGGGGGUUUGAGAUGGACUGUGGAUUGUAUACGUAAUGGUUUGUUUUAUGAGCUUUCCUUUUAGUGAGUGGUAGGAUAAUGGCAACUUUCAGACAUCAAGUCCACAUCUGUAUUUCACAUCUGUACGUUUCAUGUAACACAAAACCACCACUCAAAGACGCACAAUUGCUUCACAUCCAAAUGAAGACUCAUGGAUAGAGAG